AGUUACUAUAAAAGUAGUGAAUCUAGUCUAUACUUCACUACUUGCACUGUGCAAUCAUGAUUCGGCUAGCUCUGCUUGUCCUUUUGCUUGCAACUGCUAACUGUAGCCCAACUUCUAAACGCAGCUGGAGUGGGCCUGGGCCAGACAAAAAUGAUGAUCAUCCGUUAGCAGUCAAGCCAGAAGACAAGGAAGAAAGCAAUCUAGACCUUGGUGAAGAAUAUACUGAAGAUGAAAAGGACAACCUAGAUGAUGACAAGAAGGAUGAGGUUAAUCUAGAUGACAAUCUAGAUCUAGGUGAUUACCAUGACAAGAACACAGACAAUAAAGAUGAAGAUGACAAAAACAGCAACAAAGAUAAAGAUGAUGAAAAGGAUAAAUUCAAUACUGAGAUUUCAGAUUUGACAGAAGAAGUUACAGAAACACCAGCUAAUAUAAGUGUAGAGUAUGGUAGUGGCAAAGAUGUUAUAGAAGGAGACAUUAAACUGACUCCAGAGCAAGCUGCAAUAUUCAAACGUGGUGGAUGGGACGAGUUAGUCAAUUCAGAAGCAUGGCUCCGUAACCAUGGCAAAUGGUCAAGGACUAUUCCAUACACAAUUAGUGGAGUUGCUACUAGAGAAAGGAAUGCUUUGACAAAUUCAAUCAAAAUGUUCCAUGAUCUUACAUGCUUAAGAUUUACUCCAAAGCUAAGCUAUAAUCGUGAUUACAUCCAAUUUGUCAGUCGAGGAGGUUGUUGGUCUUAUCUUGGUAAACGUCCAGGAAGUUAUGCUAGGCCUCAGCUAGUCUCACUAGCUAGUGGUUGCCAUCUUGCAGUCCCUGCCCAUGAGAUAAUGCAUGCACUUGGACGGUUUCAUGAACAAUCACGUGCUGACAGAGACAGAUAUGUCAGAAUAAUAACUGGGAAUAUAAGUACAUGCACUGAUUUAAAUAUUAUUUAA